GUGCCUUGGAACUGAACCGUCAUCUAAUGAUUUCUGCAUUUUGCUUUCAACAUCUCCCCCUUUGCAAGUGGUAGAAAUAGUUGUAGUUUUCACAUAUAUUCAAUGUGAGCUCAGAGAAUAUACGUCAGCAUAUUCAACAGAAUACCACGAUGGACUGGAUGAUAACUGCCUCUGUAUUAUUGUCAGUGUUAAAAACAGCGCUCUGUUUCAAUAUCGACCCUGUGGCUUGGAAGUCCUGGAGCAACGAUGCUGCAGGGUUUGGCUACCAGGUGGUGCAAAGACCGUCCGACGUGCUUGUCAGUGCUCCCCUUGCACAAUAUUCACAAAAUAGAAGGGGGGAAAUAUACAAAUGCUCUGGUACCAUAAAAUCCUGCCAAAAAAUGCAAAUUCAAGUGCCAGAGUUUGCAGUCAACAUGUCCCUUGGUCUGACAAUGACGAGUGACCCUGUCACACAAAGCACUAUGGCUUGUGGACCGACCAUCCCAAAGGAUUGCAAAAGUAUCACCAUGUACAACGGUGCAUGCUUUCAGACAAGCCGCUCUGAUAUUUUUCAAUCCGUUGUGCCUUUGGCUCCCCAAGAGUGCAGAACCGAAGCAGAUAUUGCUUUUCUCUUGGAUGGUUCAGGUAGCGUGAUCAAAAGAGAUUUUACAAUAAUGAAGAACUUUGUGAAAAAAAUGGUCCGCCCAUUUGUGGGAAAAGAUACACAGUUUGCUGUUGUCCAGUUCUCUCGGCUCACCAAAGUCCACUAUUACUUUAAUAACUUUUUCUCAUCUGGACGAUGGGAGUCAAACAUUGAUGGGAUAAUUCAAGAAGAAGAAACAACUUACACAGCUUCAGCCAUCGAAUAUGUGGUCCAAAACGUUUUCACAUCAGCACGAGGUUCCAGACCAAAUGUAAAGAAGAUCUUGAUAGUCAUCACUGAUGGAAUAUCUCAUGACCGCAAUCGAUUGCCAAAUGCAGCAGACUUAGCAAAACGUAAACAAAUUGUUCGAUUUGCUAUUGGGGUGGGAAAUGCGUUCCAUAAUUAUGAUGCAAAACAGGAACUGAAUCAAAUUGCUUCUUCUCCCUCGGAAAAACAUGUGUUUCAAGUGGAGAGCUUUAACGCCCUUGAAGCAAUAAGGAAGAAUUUGGAGGAAAAAAUCUUUUCUAUUGAAGGAUCGCAAUCCAGUGGAGAUUCUCUGAAAAUGGAAAUGGCUCAACAGGGAUUCAGUGCUGCUUAUGUGCAUGGGGGAAUUCAGAUGGGCAUUGUUGGUGCCAACCAAUGGAAAGGAGGCUUCACGAAAUAUACAUUAGCAGACCGGAUGUUGAGUUCAUAUGAGCCUGAAUUUAUGGAGCAAGACAGUUAUCUGGGCUACUCCAUGGCAGUUGCUACAACCCCACAAGGCACCUUGACAAUUGUUGGUGCUCCAAGAUACAAACACAUAGGAGCUGUGUUGACAGUACGGGCAGACCGCAUCCACAAAAUUAUUGAUCCCUUCCUAUGGCACUUUCAGACUGGCGAAUAUUUUGGGGCAGAGGUUUGUGCCAUGGAUGUGAAUGGCGACAGCUACACUGACCUAAUCCUCAUAUCUGCCCCCAUGUACAAGGAGACUGAUAGCGAGGGAAGAGUUUACGUUUGCAGUUUAACUCGUUUGAAUGUCGAGUGUCACUUGGAUUCGCCAUUGGUACUGAGAGGGGAUGCGUCUGACAACGGAAGGUUUGGCUCCUCUCUUGCUGUGCUGCCUGAUCUUAACACCGACAGACUCAGGGAAGUGGCAGUUGGAGCGCCUUUGGAGAAUGACGGUCAGGGCUGCAUCUACAUAUUCCACGGCGAAGGAGGAGGAAGAAUCAGUGCUUCUUACUCCCAGAGAAUUGCUGGUGCUGAGGUCCAGUCAGGACUGAAGUUGUUUGGUGUGUCGAUCAGUCAGUUGUCUUUUGACCACAGUGGAGACAAUCUGCCUGACUUAGCAGUGGGUUCAAACGGCACAGUUGUCUUACUCAGAUCAAAGCCUAUAGUAAUGGUAGACGCUACAGUGUCGUUCAGCCCAAACCAGAUCCCUACUCAAAACAUAGUCUGCUCAGUCCCACUGGAGAACAUGGCUGAAAUCUGCUUUACCAUGAAAGCACCUUCUUCAGUACACACAGCUCAAGCGAGGAUCGAUUACACUUUAAUACUGGAUGCCACCCGCAAGGUCCCAAACAACAGAGCUUACAUCAGUGACAAACAACGGGAGACAACCGGGUCAAUUGAUAUUCAGUUAGGACGGCAACAAUGUCGCAAAGUGAAAUUCUCUAUUGAGGCCUGUCCGGAGGAUGCUCUCAAUGCACUUAACAACGAGCUCAGAUUUGCCUUUGACGGAAAACCUUCUAAGAAAAAUCUUAAACCAAGUCUCGCCCAGCAGGCUAAGACAACAACUUUCCAUGCUUUAGGGUUUGAGAUCAACUGUGGAACUGACAACAAAUGUGUAGACAACCUAAAAGUGGAUUUCAAUUUCAGCCGAUCCUCGGAAGUUCAAGUUGGCAUUGAUGAAUUGCUGAAUGUCACCGUGUCCGUGCAGAACAGCGAGGAAAACUCCUACAACAGCCAAGUGAUACUCACAUACCCGGCCGGGCUCUCCUACAGGAAGUUCACGAGUCUGCAGGGAAGAAUUGAGUGCAGCUCCUUGGACAGUGAAGAUGGAUUAUUACGGGGAAAGACACUCUGUGCUAUUAACAAGCCUAUUUUCAAGAGCAACAUGGAGGCUUUCUUCAUUGUCUCCUAUGGGAUCGAUACCAACAGACAUUUUGAGAGGACAAUUUCCGUCACUGCAAAUGCUACCAGUGGGAAUCAGGAUCACUCCUCUUCAAGUGAAUUUUACAAAAGGAAAUUGAUUGAUGUGAAGUACAGCAUUUUCAUCACAAUUGAAAGUUCCCUCAGCUACAGCAAUUUCACUUUUGGAAAGAACAACUUGCAGAAACCAUACCAACAAUCAAUUGUGGUUACAAAUGAUAUUAGAGCCCUGAAUUUCUCUGUGGUGAUCAAGGUGCCAGUAAAGCUCGGUGACAAAGACAUCUGGGCGGAUUUGAGCAGUUUGCAGAUUCCAAACUGCCAACAACUAGACACAGAUGAAAGGGUUAAUGUCACGGAUUUUGUUUCUCUGAUACAGAAAAAUAAAGUAGUGGACUGCAAUGUAGCCAGUUGCAGAGUGUUCAAGUGCAGUAGGUUCAUGGGAAGACUGGAGAGUAAAACGUACAAAAUCUCUGCCAACCUUAGUUCAGGGUGGAUAGAGCAAAUUGGACUUCCCUCCGCCAAAUUCCUGUUGACCAGCUCGGCCAGUCUGGAGUACGACACCAACCAGUACAUCUUCUUUUCAGCAGGGUCCAAUAACAAGCCUCCUAUUCGCAUGAUUGAAACAGUGAUAGAAGUGUAUCCAGAACCAGACUUCACAAAAGAGAUCGUCGGAGGAUCACUGGGAGGGUUGGCUCUACUGGCUCUACUCACUGCUGGCCUGUAUAAGGCUGGAUUUUUCAAGAGUAAAUACAACGAAAUGAUUAAUGAAGCAGGAGGAGGAGCAGAUCCAGGCGCUGAUGGAGAUGCAGCCACACCAGAACAACUAACAUGAAAUCAGUACAACAUGAUCAGCUAGGUUCUGCAUUUCAUCACAUCAUGUGAAAUUAAACUGAUGAAAUACAAUGUGCUUAAGAGCAGUUUAUUUGAUAACAUAAAUGAUAGUAUUUGAUGCCACUUUUAUUAACUUGAAUUGCUUUUUUUAAAGGAAUAAAUGUCCUGGUCCACUAGGACCAAGACUCUUUUGUGAACCUUAUAGUGUGUUAUUUCAGUGAUUGUCCUUCCUUGUGUGUCUCUGUUUAUGUAAAGUUACUUUCUUGUGAUCCCUUGUGUUUUGUUCAUCCUGAGUUUUGUAUUUCCUGUUUUAUUCUGUAAUUCAUUUCCUGUGCUCCUGUGUCUGGUUUUCUGUUACUUCACGUUUCUUGCGUAUCCCUGUGAUCGUCUGCACCCGUUCCCAAUGUAUCUCACCUGUGUAUCAUUCAUUACCUGUUCCCUCUUGUGUAUAUAGUCUUUGUGCCUUCCUUUGUUCUUGUUGGAUCUUUCUCUUUAUCCCUGUGUAUCCCUGUGUAGCCAUGCCAUGUCAUAUUUCACCUCAGUGCUUGUUGUCCACGUUCCUUUGUUAUGGAUUUUGUUUAUUUUACUGUUGCUUUUUAUCAAAUCCCUUUUCCUCCAAGCCUGCACAUUGGGUCCUGCUUAAACCCAUUGUAACAAUAAAUGGGGGGAAAAAAGGCCAUUUGAUCUAAGUAUUGAGAAUUCAUGCAAGAGAUAUUUGUUUUAUGCUUCAUCAAUAUUCAUUUUAAUACUCAAUGUGACAUUUAUAACAUGUAAAGUAUGACAGAACAGAGAAUAAAUACUACAAACACUUUC